AUGACGGAGCCAGCUGAUCCCGAUGGCGAAGGCGUUUCGAAAGAGUUAGUCCUUGAAUCGUCGGAAAAGGCUUCGGAAAAGGCUUCGGAAAAGGCUCUGGACACGCACGUGAAGCAUCGCCGGCGGUCGGUGCUCCAAGUCUCCCAACUCCUGCUGCGGGCCAUUGCCGCCCACAAAGGACUGACUCUCACAGUGCUCAAGAAGGAGUUUGGCAACGCCGGCUACCAGGUGCACAGGAAAUGCAGCCAUCAUUCCACCGAGGCGCUCAAGCCGGCGUCGGGGAAAGGCACCAUGCUCCGGGUGAGCGGCCCCAAAGCCGAAGGCUACUUCAGAGUCUGGAAGAGUCUGAAGCCGAUCAAGAAACGGACAAAGAAACCGUCUGCGAAGAUCGAGGAGGUGCACCAGAAGCGCUUCCAGACCCUGUUCUCUCGCCGGGACAGGAAGCCUCCUAAGGAGGCUUCCCAACCCACCGCAGGGGACUCGUUCAAACCCGAGACUCCCGCGGUGCCCGAGACUCCCGGGACUCGCGAGACUCCUCAUACAUCUAAGGAGAAAAUCUACGUGGAGCAAGUGAAUGAAAACCCUGCGGAUAUGGAGGACGUUGCUCUGAGCUUAUUCCCGGCAUACUCCGCGAGCCCGAAAGCGUCUAAGAAAACGAGGGAAGAGAUGGGGCACAAGGCGAAGCAGCAGAAGAUAAAAAAGAUGAAGAUGAAGGCGAAAUCGAAAAGCCGGAAGGGGUCGGCGGAAGGGUCAAAAAGGCCAAAGACAAAGAAAGAGAAGAAAAUGCGGAUUAAGGAGAACAAAAGAGCGAGGGCGAACGAAGACAAGAAAAUGAAGUCGAAGGAAAAGACAAAGGAGGCGAGGGAGAAGAAAGUGGAGCCCCAGCAGCGAAUGAAGCUUAAGCAAACCCGCCAGACCCAGAGCUAUUGCCAGAGAUACAGUCCAAACGGAAAGCCCGCAUCAGCCAGGUCGAGCAAGAUUCAAAGAGGCUAUAUAAAGGCCCUUGAUCUGCGAGCGAGGCGCCCCUACAAAGUUUCCUCCCGAAAGGAUUCUGCAGGAAACGAAAACGCACAAAGGAUCGGUGGCCAUCCUUAGUGCAUGCAGAGGAAUCUAGAGCUCUUGAACUGGGCUCUCGUUCCCACUCAGAGCUGCUGGGGGAACAAUCUGUGCGCUCACUGAGUGAAAUGGACGGGAAGUAUUUACUAUACCUUUUCCCGUGGUUUUUGUGUCUUUUUCUUUUUUUUUUCCUUUUAUGC